UUCAUCCACAGGGUUUAAUCAAGUGUUGCUUGUUUUAGUCAGAAACGUUGUGGCCAAAGUACCGGGUGUGUGCUCUUGCCACCUGCUUUGCGUUACUUUUGGUUCCUUGGAGCUAUGGGUUAUGGACUGAAAGAGAGGACUGUGCUGCUUUGGGACAGAGGAGAACUUUCCAGGCUCUCUUUUGUGUUAGCUGUAGAGGAGGUCCGGUUGCUGUGCAUGAACUCACAGAGUGACCCAGAGCAGCUGCUCUUGUGAUGUCAGUGCAGGGCUGCCACGUCACAGCGUGGUCAGCAGGAGGUUGCCCUGGUGCACGCAAGGCCUCAGAGUCCAGAACAGCUCUUGGCGUUCUCGUUGCAGGAGGAUCCUGUAUUGAGGAGUUCUCAGGCAACAUUCUGUGCCCUGGAAAGGGAGUCUUUUUCUUUUGUGUGCCAUUGUACGAGUCUGCAGACUCGUAGAGGCAUCCUUUUGUUUCCCCUGCGGUUGUAGGGUCUGCAGACACGUCCAGGUGUCCUUUUAUUUUCCUUUUUGCUAGUACGGUCUGCAGACUUGUGCAGGUGUCUUUUGGUUUUCCCCUUCUGUUGGUAUAGUCCGCGGAUUGCUGCGGGUGUCUUUUUUCCCCUUUUCCUUGCACAGUCUAGGGACUUGUGCAAGUGGGUUUUUCUUCCAUUUUUGUUUUACUGCCCAACGAGUGAAGCAGCCCUGCUGAAAGGAUGGAGCAAGUCCGUAGAGCGGUCAGCAGGGCUUUUUCGUCAGUGUCAUCCCGCAAAAUUAUUACCGGUCUGAGGCGUCGGCUCAGAGGUGGAAGGAGUCAAGUCUACGGUUCGGCCCCACUAGGAGACCUUCUUGCCACUCAGGACUCCUCGGCCCAGGUGGGAAAGGCAGAGAGGCAGGAGAGCAGAGAUGGAGUGUGCAGUGCUCAGGAGUUCAGAUGGAAGGAGCUGUCUGCAUUUGAGAGCAAGCAGCACUCCUCACUAGAGAGGGUGUUGGAAGUGUCAGCAGAGACAGCAGAGGAACCGCAGCUUCAGAGAGACCUGGCGAAGGAAGAGGUUCCUCUGGCAGUGCCAAAGGUUUUCCGCCGGCAGCGGCCAGCCCACAGGGGUCUGGAGAAGCUGCUGCAGGAGUUCUCCCGCCAAGGGCACACCCUGUCCCAGGUGUGCAGAGAGAAGGCGGUGCUGGCACAGGAGAACGCUGCCCUGGAAGCACGACUGACAGCCAUGGAGCGGGACCUACGAGGUCUCUCCAAGCAGCUGGUAGAGGCCAGGUCAGAGAAGGAGAGCCUGCAAAGCAGCCUGCUGGAGGCUCAGCAGCACAUAUGGGAGCUGGAGCUCAUCAGGAGCCGUCUGGAAGGCCAGUUGCGCACAGCCACACGGGCCCAGGAGGUGAUCCUCGACAAUGUGAGGGGCCUUCGUGGUGAGCUGCAAGCUGUAAGAUCUCUCAGCCAGCAGCAAUGUGAAGAAAUGGCUCAACAGCUCCGCUGGGCACUACAGCAGUGCAGCAAGGCUCUCAGAUGCUGGCAGUCUGCUCAGGAAGAGGAAAAAAGGAAGCUGCAGCAAAAACUGAAGAGACGUCUGGAACGACAGCGCUUGGAGGCGCAGGCCAUGCUGGAGGAACGGGAAAGCUUCCUGGCAGAGCUCCAGGGUCAGAAGGCUGCUGCCUUAGACAAGGUGCGCCAGCUGCAAAGGGAGCUCAACCAAAGCCGGCAGCAGCUGGAGCAGCUGAGGCAGCAGCUGCAUGAGGAGCGGGUGAAUGGGCAGAAUAUCAAGGAGCAGAUGGAGGCAGAGCUGUGGGAAGCUUGGAGGAAGAUGAAGGCAGUGGAGGAAAGGCACAAAGAAGAAAUGGAAAGGAUGCACAAGAUGCAGCUGCAGUACAGUUCUCCACUGGCAGAACAAAAGCAGGUGGACGAGGGCUCUGCCAUGGGAGCCGCCGCUGCAGCAGCAUCCUGCGAAGAAGCCUCCUCUCCACAGUCUGAGAACCCGAGCACGAGCAGCUCGCCCCGCUGCAGCCAGGAGAGAGAGAAGCCGUGCCUGAAGCUGCUGAAGAGUGUGGUGAGCGUGGCAGAUCCAGCAAAGAAAUACACUGGAUGGAAACUGAUUGGCAGAGGGGGUUUUGGAACCGUUUAUAAGGCCUUGGAUGCUUCCACAGGAGAAGCGGUGGCUGUAAAGCAAAUUGAUCUCCAGCACCAGGGCUGCAAGAAAGUGUUGAAAGAAAUCCUGGUCAUGAGGGAAAAGAAGAACCCCAAUAUUGUCAGCUACCUAGAAAGCUACCUUGUCAGUGAGGCUGUCUGGCUGGUGCUGGAGUACAUGGAUGGAGGCUCUUUAGCAGAGGUGGUCAGCGUGAGAAGGAUGGCUGUAGGACACAUAGCAGCUGUCUGUCGGGAGUGCCUGAAGGGCCUGGCUUUCCUUCAUGCCAACCAGGUGAUCCACAGAGACGUCAAAAGCGACAACAUCCUUCUGGGCCGGGAUGGCUGCGUCAAGUUGGCUGAUUUUGGCCUCUGUGCUCUGCUCAGCCCUGAGCAGAGGAAACGGAGGUCGAUGGUCGGGACCACUUGCUGGAUGGCACCCGAGGUUGUGAGAAGAGAGCCUUACGGCCCCAAAGUGGACACCUGGUCCCUUGGCAUCGUGGGAAUAGAAAUGGCCAAAGGAGAUCCUCCUUAUGCUUGGGAAACCAGCGACAGGGCUAAAUACCUGAUAGGCAAGCAAGGGGUACCAGAUCUGCACAGGCUGAGGCUACCCCCUGGCUUGAGUGAAUUUCUGGCCUGCUGCCUGCAGAUGGAUGUGGACAGGCGAGGCUCUGCCAAGGAACUUCUGCAGCAUCCAUUUCUGAAGCUAGCGGAGCCUCUCUUCAGCCUCUUCUGAAAUCCUGAUUGCUGUCAUCCCUGCAGCAAAGUAGUGCAGGAAGCAGAGAUGACAAAGACCACUUCAGCACUCAGAGAAAGGAGCCUCCGAGAACAGACAGAAAUCCUGAGGAGAGAGGGCCCAGGAAACAGGCAGCCAUCAGAGUGGAAAAGGAAUGUGGCAUCUCCUUUCCUCCCAUCAGCUGAUCCUCCUUGUAAACUUCUGCUUAGGACAGCAUUUCUGGGUGGCACAAAGUCACUAUUAAUGUGCAGAUUUGAGGAAGGCAGUAGUGGCAUUGUGUUCCUGAAGAGAAUGGGAAGGCCAGAGCUUCGUCUCAGAAGGAGGGAGGUUGCACAGGAAGCCACCUGCAGAGAGCCAGGCUAGAGCUGUGGUAGCAGGCUGGCUCUCAGGCUGCUGAGGAGUUGCAUGGAGCUGCUGGGAACAUUCUGUGCAUUCUUUAUCUGAUUGCGCAGUUUAUGGUGUGUGUGCCUCAGCAUGAGCUGUGCCACGAGUUCCUCCUCACACUGGAGUCAGAGAGACAUUUUGGACUCCCUACAGAAGCCAUUGUUGUCCUUGGAGGCAGCCAGGGAGCACCUAGGGGCAUUCCUUUUGCUUUGAGGUCAGCUGGGAUUGGGUGCGCUUUGCCUGAGCCUCCCUGUGCAGUAGAGGCAAAAGCGGGGAUUGCUUCCUGAUCAGCAGAAGGCUGCAACCUAGCAAAUGACCCAGGGAACAUGUGUGUGCUCAUCUGGCUAAACUGAUCAGAACAGUUGGCUUCCUAGAUUCCCUUUAGACUCCUGACUUGUCAGCAGUCAUUGGAGGCAAAAUUCUUCAGAGAAAUUAAUUGGCUGUAGGGGUGGUUUCAUACUGGUGUUGUUUUCAUGACUGGUAUUGCUUCUACUAUUCCUUCUACAGACCACAUGGGCCCCCACCAUAUAAGUCUCCAAUCAAGGUGCUUUUCAAAGGAAAUCUAAGCCAAACUUGAACUGAAGCAAUCAAGGAAGUGGAGCAGAUGACCAGGAGCACUUCAGGAUUACUUUCUCCAACGCCAGCUCGAAGCCGGACUUAGAAUAAAAAUCCUACAAACCCUCAA